GAGGAGUAUAUAGAAAUAGAAAAGAUAAGGCGAAAGGAUCUCCACCGAGAAAACCCUAACUCGAAGAGCCGCGCCGCCGUCACCGUCGUCUCUAGCUCGCUCGCUCGCUCGCGCUCUCCGCCCGGAUCGGAGCGCUCGGUUCAAGGAGGAGCGUCUCGGCGUUGAAGGCGACCGCGUCAGCCAUGGCGGACGAGGAGCACCUGGAGAGGAGGGAGGAGGCCUCAGAGCUUGCCCCCUUCGAUCCAACGAAGAAGAAGAAAAAGAAGAAGGUUGUCAUCCAAGAACCUUCUGAUGAAGUGGACAAGCUUGCAGAGAAGACAGAAACAUUGGCAGUCACAGAACCUGCUGAGCUUAACUUCACUGGAAUGAAGAAGAAAAAGAAGAAGCAGGUGGAUCUUGAUUCAUCUCUUGCCGACCUUGGAGACGGGGAGGACAGUCAAGAUGAUCAAGCUGUAGAGGAACAAGGGGAAGGCAUUGAGCUUGGAGGUGGCCCUACAUACCCUUGGGAAGGAACUGACCGGGAUUAUAAAUAUGAAGAGCUGCUGGACAGAGUGUUCAACAUUCUUCGCGAGAACAACCCAGAUCUUGCUGGGGAUAGGCGUAGGACCGUUAUGAGGCCACCACAAGUUCUUAGGGAGGGGACAAAGAAGACAGUUUUUGUUAAUUUUAUGGAUUUGUGUAAAACGAUGCAUAGGCAACCUGAGCAUGUGAUGAUGUUUUUGCUCGCUGAAAUGGGAACAAGUGGGUCACUUGAUGGGCAACAAAGGUUGGUGAUCAAAGGAAGAUUUGCCCCCAAAAACUUUGAAGCAAUCCUGAGGAGAUACAUCAAUGAGUAUGUCAUCUGCAAUGGAUGCAAGAGCCCUGAUACCAUUCUGUCUAAGGAAAACCGUUUGUUCUUCCUUCGCUGUGAACAGUGUGGAUCUUCAAGGUCCGUUGCUCCAAUCAAAGCUGGAUUCGUUGCGCAAGUUGGUCGUCGGAAGGCCUGAACACAAAACAAAGCUUUGCAUUAUUAGUCCUGUGUGCUGCCAUAUGAUGUUAGAAUUGAGCUUGUGCUCCGUUUUGGUAACCAAUUUUGCACUACGACCAUUGUGGUCGUGUAUUUCUUGUUUUCUGUGUCAUAUUAAUGCAGCUGAGUUUCAAUUUAUGGUUGCCUUAAUAUCUAUAUAUGGCUGGAAACUGGAAUUGGGGCCAUACCAAAUCAACAAUAUUAGAUUAUUUGCUGACUACAGAUUCUUCCGUGCAAUGUUGAGCAAGAUCUGUCAACAAUGCCUUUUGUCAUUCAAAGGAUUCAUCAAAUGAUGUAGCAGUCCUGUGGCACAAUCCUGA